UAUUGAUGAAAUCAACAGCAAGAGGUGGAGUCAUAAUCCCUAAUGCUUCCUCACUAUAAAUACGGCUGGUGGACACAGCAACAGGUAUCAGUUCCAUCCAGUGCACAACACUUCAGACCAACAUGAAGGUGUUCAUCAUGGUUCCAUUGAUUGCCCUAGUUUCAGGCCAAGUGCAAUAUGAGAAACCAAACUAUAUUCGCUAUUCCUACCCGGAAUACAAACCAGAAUACUCAGUGGUUUACAAAUCAGAAUACUCAGCAGCUUACAAACCGGAAUAUCCAGCAGUAGGUUACAAGCCGGAAUACCCAGCUGUUUACAAACCAUCGCCUGUUUACAAACCAACGUACACUGAAUACAAACACUACACUGAAUACAAACCAACCUACACUGAAUACGAACCAACCUACACUGAAUACAAACCUACAUAUUACGAACCAACGUAUGCGCCCUACUAUCCAGAAGUUUACAAACCAAUUCCUUAUGAGCCAACGUACACCACCUAUAAUUCUCAAUCUAAACGAUCCUACUACGUAUGGCACUCUAUAUCGGAAUAAGUUUUGAAUAGAGUUUACUUUUUAGAAAUAUCACUUUUCGUCAACAUUAUGUUCUAUGUAAAAAGGCUUGCCAUUAUAACAUUGUUUGCAAACUCAUCAAAAAAUAAACUCAUCGUAAAAUUUAAA